CUCUCUCUCUCUCUCUCUCUCUCUCUCUCUCUCUCUCUCUCUCUCUCUCUCUCUCUCUCUCUCUCUCUCUCUCUCUCUCUCUCUCUCUCUCUCUCUCUCUCUCUCUCUCUCUCUCUCUCGCCUCUGCUUCCUGACAGCCGGUGUUGUGGUCUCUGUUAGCCUUGAGUGUUCAGCCUGUGCCUUCAGCCCACCACCGUCUGUUGUUGUGGGCUUCAGGCAUCAACAAACCACAUACUCUCAAAACAUCCCCAAUUUCUCCCUAGACACAGCCUCAGAAAUUCCCUGAGAAACUUCCCCAGAAUUGUCUAAAACUCCCCAGAAAUUCUCACCCUUCCCUAGAAACUGACUGACUGACACUGGUAGAGGAUUAUCAAGUCCUCUACCCUUGCCAGUUCCCACACAACACACCCCCUGCCACCUCCACCCCUAUACAGACCCUACACCCUUCCCUUACACCCUAACCAGACCUUACCCCCAACAAUCUUCCCCCUCUCCUCCCUCCCCCUCUCACCUCUUUCCCCUCCCCGCCACUAUGCCAGCCCUGUCUCACGUGGCGCUGCAUGACUCGAGGCCGCAUGACAGUCGGUGUUGGAUCAGUAGGACGCUGUAAAGAACAUGUUAAAUUUAAGUCACCCCCCAAAGCUGCCUUCCCUCUGUUCCCCUCCUCCAGCUCCCCCCCUUCAAGCCCGGUCAGCCUGAUUGACCUGAGAUAUUGAAAAGACAACGCUUAUUCGUUCGUAGGAGGUUGCCCCCCCACCAUCUCUUCCCCCGUCCCUCAUACAUCUGUCGCCGCCCCCCUAACGCUGAUAUCCCCACUUUCCCUCCUUCUACCCCCCUCACCACCACGCUAGUAAAUGCCUCUGUGUUCCCUAGUUUUUUUGUUUUUUUUUUCUUUAUUGUUAAUGGCUGGGGCGCCCUCCUCCCCUCCCUCCCUCCCUUAAUUAAUACAGGUCUUACUGAUAAUACUUGUGAUAAACGUGUUUGGACGAGUCGUGGUUAGCUGUUUAUUAUUUUUCAUUAUCGUUAUUAUUAUUAUUAUUAUUAUUAUUAUUAUUAUUAUUAUUAUUAUUAUUAUUAUUAUUGUUAUUAUCAUUAUUAUCAUUAUGAUCAUUGCCCCUUGUCGCUGUUGUUUGGUGAUUAGCAACUGUCGUAUGGAUCUUGUUUUUUGUUUUUUUGUUUUUUUCUUGUUAAUGUUAAUAUAUUGUGUGCCCCCCAUUACUGCCCCCCUCGCUGAGAUUAUUUUUGGAAGGGUCUCAGAAGGAACCCUCGUCCCCCCCAACACACCCCAGACUGAACAGCAAGAGCAUCAAAUGUUACUCAGCCGUUGCAGAAGAAGUCCAGUUUUGCUGAUAGGGAUUACCGCCCCCGGCCUCGCCCCGCUCCCCCCGCCACUUUUUGUGUGUCACGCCAUUAGCCUUUCAGAAAAGUACCUAACUUGAGUCUGUCCCAAGUGGCGCCGAGUUGCCGUAGUAAGGUCUAGCAUUGCCUCGUCACACGUCACGUCACGUCACGGAUACACACGGGCCGUCUGCUCUCUCUCCCCGUCUGGUAACUCAGCUAACAGUCCAGUCCAGUCCAGUCAGUCCGCCACCACUCACAGCCCACACCACCACUUAGUUGACUGUCACGUGCUCCGCCUCACUCCCACGUAACACAGAGACUCUCACCAAUCACCUCUCCCGCCUCCCAUGACGUGAGAGGCUCCGGCCAAUCACACAUCCUCCUUCCCAUGACGUCACUCAGACUGUGGUGCAGCUCUGGCCCGCCCCCCCUGAGGAGUCCCUCCCCCCUAGACCCUCCAGGGGCUGCAAACGGCUCUCCUCUGAACAGCCCCCAGAAGGGCUCACGAAGUAGUCCUUUUCUCAUCACUCACCGCCUCUGAUUUGGCUCCUGAGUGACGGGCAGAGGACUCGACGUGUGGCUGAGGUGGUUACCUUUCACUGUUCACUCGUCGUCCACGCACAAGAGGACAGCAUUUGCAGCGGCUUCGGCACCGUUGAGCUGGUGUGGGUGCGGGGGGCCGCUGCUCGCCCGGGGCGCCCCAUCUCACCCCGGGCGGGCAGCGGGUGCGGGUGUUCCCUUCCAAACUGCCAAAACAAGUCACCCAAAAGACUGCUCACCACCUGUCGCCUGCAGCCGCCGCCACCAACAGGCCAGGCAGUGGUGGUGCAGGGGCGCGUGGCUGUGGGCGUCGCUCUCUGCCCUAAAAAACACCAGGCCCGCCCAGCCCCGCCUCCAGGGACCCCGCACAACCGCAGCGCCGUCACACUUGUCACACUGGAGCCACGCUGACCAUGCCCCGGCGCCUCCACCCCCGGAAGUCUCGCCGCGACCAGAGGGGCGCAGGAUGUGAGGAUGCCGCAGAGUGUGGGACCAGAUGCCGACCCUUCCCCACGCCCCGCCCGGCCCCGCUCCCCGCUCUGCAGGAGGCUGAGGGCCCGCCUGUCACGUCCCGCCGCCCCGUGACCAAGCCUCCAGGGACAACUGCCGCCGUCCAUUUCUACAUGUUGAGUCGCAGGGUGGGUGUUCAUCUCAGACUUCUUGGCCAGUCUUCUUAGGGUCUGUCUCCCAACAAAGCUAAGCCACUUCAGUCAUACGCUUUGAAAAGUUACACGGCCAGCCCAACCCUCUCCUCACUCUCCAUUAUAUUUUUUGCAGUCUUUUUUUUAUGACUAUUUGUGCACUUGGUGUGUUUUUGUACGUAGCUGUAGUUUGAUUCCUUCUUUUUGUCACUUGUCCUCUUGAACCUCUUCCUCCUUCCUUGAUCCUUUGUGUGUGUGUUUAUUUUCAAGCCCAGAGCCCUUGUCAUUCUUUGCACAGCUGUCAUGUUCCUCCACUCAGCCUUCUUCCGUGUCCUGUAAGACUUUCCUCACACAUCUUGACAUGCUGGUGUGAUGCCAACCAACUAAAGGUCCCACUCACUCAAAACUCUUCCUUUAACGUGUUUUGAUUCUACUGAUCUAACUUGAGAGAGAAUGAAAUGCUAUUUUUCCUCGCCUAUUUUUUGGGGAAAUUUUUUGCAAGCCUGCCAGCACUGUGCCAGGUAGGAGGCUGUGGUGGUCUGCUGUGACUACAGGAAGGGAGUUUUUUUUUCCCUUUACCCUGUGUUGUCUGGCAGCCACGUGGUGCUUCUGUCCCUGCCGUAUCAUUCUAACGCUUGACCUUUCCACAGGCUGCUGGGGGAAGCCGGUAGGGUCUGGCGAUCAUGAAGAACACAGGCGGUGGUGCUUGAAUGAGGCACCGAGGCUCUGGACCUCUUACUGUUGGGGCUGAGGCUUCCUGGUCCUUACAUGAAGCGCGGGCAGGACCGGACUGGACUGGGGACGCUCGUGGCCUGAGUGAGUGGCGUGGAGCACUGGACGCUGCCUUGUGAACUAUCCUCUGCGAGAAGGACCAGGAAUACACAGAGGCGGCUGACUAGAGGCUGUGGGAGAUGAAGAAAUUCCUCGUUGAGUGCAGAACAGCAGACAAAGCAGCAGGAAACAGCCUAGCCUUCACAGCACUGAUGUCUGGACUGACUGGAAGCUGUGGAAGGCGAAGGACUGGCCGGGAUCCCCAUGACAAGGAAACGAGGACACAGCACACAGCCAGUUGCAAGAACCCAUUAGGCCUACACGUGGCAGAGACAUGGAGAGAGGCCUAUUACCGACCACUGCAACCACCACCACCACCUCCACCACCACUGGGACACAUUGCUUUUGACUUCCACGCAAAGGAAUCAAAUUAAUGCCUUGAUAUGUCCUUUUCCCACAAGAGGACGUGAGAUAAGAGAGGGAGGUGCUUGGAGGGAGGACGUGAAGAUACUCAGAAGAUAUAAGACGAGUGUGGAGUUAAUGUAUUGUGUUUCUACAUCUCAGUUAUCUGUGAGUGCAUUCAUGAGGUGCAGGAGGUGAGGAGGAGAGGAGGAGAGGAAGUGGUCUUUGCCUGGUGGCCUGCAGUGAGUGGAGUGUGUCUCCGGGCCACGGUCACUCUUACAAACUGACGAUACGGUUGGUCUGUUGGUCUCUUUCUCCAGGUUUGCUUUGAUGCAUAAUUUCCCCAUGGGUUUAUUUCCCCGCCUCCGUUUUGUUGUUGUUCGUAGCGGUAAGGAUGGCGGACACCAGACAAGUCCCAUGCACUGAGUGGAUGCAUUGCUCUGUUAGUUGUUCAAUAUUUAGUACCUAGGGAUUUUUAUUGUAGGUUAUAGGAGAACUAUAUAUUGCCUGACAUAAUGGUUGAACAAAUAUUGGAGUUUUAACAUUGUAUACAUAUAUUUAGCAGUUGAGUUUAUUUGCUAGAUUUAUAUUUUCUCAGUUAAAAUUUUAAGUACCUAUUGUAGCAAAUUUUAUUCAUAUAUAAGUGCUAUUAAAAUAUUAGACUAAGUGAUAAAGAAAGGUUUGAAACCACUAUUAUAUAUAUAUUAGAAUAUAUAUUCCAAUCAUCCUUGUAAACAAAUAUUACUGAAUUGAAAAGGUAUAACUCCUUCAGUGCAUCAUAAUACUAAUAGUCUCUAUGAUCACACUGACAAACUGAAUUCUUUCCAGAUGAUAUUAUUCCUUAGCGCGUAGGAAGCACCAGCAGCACUGACAGGCGGUGCUGGGGUGCUGCGGCGGCACAGCUGUGGGCCGUGGUGCUCAGACACACACACACACACACACACACACACACACACACACACACACACACACACACACACACACACACAGAAAAAUGAAAGAUCUAGGACAUGACAAGUCUCACAUAAUCCUGUAAAACUGCAGAGUGAUAGAUGCAAACACAGGACACAGACAUGCUAGGAUGAGGCAAGAUUUGAUGCAUACGUGAACUGAAGGAGGAACACUGGAUGAAUGCAGACACUGACACAAAACACCAUCCAUAGAACUCAGGCCCUACACACACACACACACACACACACACACACACACACACACACACACACACACACACACACACACACACACACACACACACACACACACACACACCUGACCUACAGCUGUGCCCAUACAAAGAGUUAAUAGUUUGUUUCCACAUUUAAAAAAAAAAAAAGGUUGCAUUAGUGGAAGUCUUCUCUUAACCGACCAUAGCGUUUAUGAAGCAAGUCUUUUCUUGGCAUAACUUUGCAUUGAGGCUUUUUGUGCCGGGAGUGACAAAUGCUGAUGAUAUAACCAUAUAUUCCAAUUUUUCCCUCCAUUUCAUAAUAUAGUAAGUGGAAGAAGGUUAAAAAAGAUAUACCAUGUCUUAGUGUGUGUCUCUGAGGCUUGUCUGUGCUGUUACUUGAUCUUACUUUGGCCUCUGGUGUACACUUAGUUCUGGAAGGUGGUCUUGCAUGUUCCCUCACUUCCAACUGGUGAAAUAUUGCAUCGUGGAAAUAGUGUAUAGAUAGAUAGUGCUAGAGAAGUGUACAGGCAGUUUCUCAGGCAUCAAGUUAACAAUGUACACCCUUGUUAGUGAUAUAUAGAUGAUGAUAGAUGAGGCGAGUACACAUUUCACACAUCAAAUUGGCAAUGUGACACCUUUCUAGUAAUGAUUUAUUGAGGGACUGUGUUAAUGAGCCAAAAAAAGACAAAAACCUAUCAUAUAGGCAUCAAAGUUAUUCAGCGCACACCCUCAACAUACCACCAGGAUGACAGCAGCCCACAAGCCUCAGGGAACACACACCGUGGCGCCUCAAGUCUUUAAUCGCGUGUGAUAUCACUCUUCCACUAGAUGUGUGUGUGCGUGUGCGUGACUGUAGCUGUCAUAGAGAGGCUCUGUACACUGGUUAGUCCAGAGGUGCGGCCCACAGGCAAGGGUUUCUCGCUGCCGUGAUGCAUCAGACGUGUGUGCGCGGCAGCUCAGCCUGUGAGGUCGGAAGAAACCCCCGAGAAUCAGUGGUGUGACCCUGUUUACACACAAUAGCGUUUUUUGAUGUAGCCCACCCAGUUUUUUGACGGUAGGGGCGCAUAGCAGAGUUUUUAUCAACGACUAGUGUUGUAAAUACUACUAUACAUUAGCUCCAGCAGCAGCAGUGAGUUGCAUCGCCUCUAGAGCAAAGGAACCGCCUCACUCCCCGUGGGGCAACACUCUAAUAACCUCUCCAACAUUAUAGAUUCGACACAACACCAGUACACCACCACUUCUGUUUGGACCACCCUUCCUUACUCCUGCCCAUUACUUGCUCACCAACAAAGGAUCUGUUUUCUUUGCUGCCGAGGCCUGCCAGCGUGUCCCUGUCCUGACACACACACACCUGGCUGGCUCGGCUCCCCCAUGAUGUAGCUCUGUGUAGGAGUGUUGGUUGUGUUUACCCUUUAUUGUGGACUGGCCAGCUGACACUCACUGGCACUCACACGCCCAGUGACAGCAUUGGGACCUGAUAAUGUGUCCCUCAUUUCUCGAUCCUAACCCAAGAAAUGAGAAUAGGGUACAUAAAGCAUUGAGUUACAUCUUUGCACAUCAGACUCCAUCAUGUGACCUCCUGAAUCCUUCUUGAAAAGUUUCCUAAAAUGAGAUUCAGAGAGCAGGGUGGUGAAACAGUCAGUCAGUUAUGAGACGCUGGUAAAUGUAAUCAAAAUCUACAAAAAGCAAAUUUGUUCACAAUAACUACUGCAGAGUGAAGGAGGAAACAGGUAACAGUGAAAUAAUUGGCUGGUUAAAAUGACGAAAACAAACAGAACCUUUAAAUCCCUUCUGUUACCUAUUUUCUUCUCAUCUCCCAUAAUUCUCAAUCGUCUCAAACUGAUAAGAUCUUGAGGAAAAAGUUGAUAGUGUCACCUUCCCCACCCCCACGCACCAGCAGUGACAGUAAGAGCGACAGUAACAGUGAGAGUGAGUGACAGUGAGCCCUCGUCCUGUAUAACGAAUAAGCGACCAAUGCCUCGUGUCGCAGUACAGAAGGUUGAAUUGUGUGUAAAGCAGGAAGUGUAGCCAGUGUGAUAGCUGAUGGGGGUAACUGCUGAAGGUUAUGAUAAUCUGCUAGUGGAUUAUGUAGCUAAAUGAUUCUGUAUUGGCAUGUGUGUGUGUGUGUGUGUGUGAGAGAGAGAGAGAGAGAGAGAGAGAAACUACCAUGAGAUAAUGAUACUAGUGUGUGUGUGUGUGUGUGUGUGUGUGUGUGUGUGUGUGUGCGUGCAUGCAGGGUGGGGAUGGGAGUGGGGGGGGAGUGACGGGAAACAGCUGGGCGGGUUCACAACAGUCCACAUCGCGUGCUUAUCAUCACAUAAGCAGCUAACACCCUCAUCAUGAUAAUUGUCUUUGUUGGUCAUUCUGCUUUGUAAUUUUAAUAAAUUUUUAUAUGCUGA